CAACAACAGAUCCACUGUAUGCCUCUUCUCUAGGAAGCUCUCUCUCUGUCUCUCUCUCUCUCUCUCUAUUAAAGUAGAGUAGCAGUGUGAGUGAGCGAGUAGUGGUUUCUACUUUUUCUCUUUUUUCUAGAAAGGUUGCGUGUGAAGUUUUGUACUGUAAUUAUUAUGCAUGUGCUGGUGGUGGCUGCAGAGUGAUUCCAUUCGGAUAGGAGAGAGAACGGACUACGAUGGCGAAGUGCCACCGGAACGAUGCUGGAUCGGUGGACCUGGACGCCGCCGGGAACUACCGCCUGUGGACAGCUUUUUCCGGCGCUUCAUUCCGGAAGAUGAUCAUCGACUCCAUGCGGUGCGGUGCGGCGAGCCUGAAGAGAUCGGAAUGCGGAUCCGAAUCGAAGAAGAAGAAGAAGAAGGGGGGAUCGGAGAAAUUGUUGGAGUUGAUGAGGAGGUCGGAGAAGGUGGAGGCGUUGGAGGAGUUGAAGAUGGCGGUGAAGAGAUUGCAAUGCGAUGAUGUUUUGUGGGGAGCGAUUGAUGUCAGGAGGCUGACGAAGGAGAAUUCGGAGGCCAGAAUUGAUCUCGCAUUGCUCGGAGCAAUUUCGCCUCUCGUGGUUUUGCUUGAUUCGGAGGAUGUUGAUGCUCAGAUUGCUUCUCUCUAUGCUCUUCUCAAUCUCGGAAUCGGCAAUGACAAAAACAAAGCUGAUAUUGUUAAAGCAGGUGCUAUUCACAAGAUGCUAAAUCUAAUUGAAUCACCAAAUGGGUCUCCCAACCCAGCUGUUGCAGAAGCAAUAGUUGCAAAUUUUCUAGGCUUAAGUGCGCUAGAUUUGAAUAAACCGGUUAUUGGUUCUUCAGGUGCAAUCCCAUUUUUGGUGAAAAUCUUAAAAGAUUCGGAUAAAACAAGUAGUACUCAAGCCAAGCAAGACUCUCUACGAGCGCUUUACAACCUUUCAAUCUCACCUUUGAAUAUAUCGUUGAUUUUAGAAACUGAUUUGGUACCAUCUCUCUUGAGUUCACUAGAGGACAUGGACUCAAGUGAGAGAAUCCUCUCGAUUGUAUGCAAUGUUGUUUCGACACCAGAAGGUCGAAAGGCAGUCAGCAUUGUGCCAGAUGUGAUUACAAUUCUAGUUGAUGUGUUGAAUUGGACUGACUCAUUGGGGUGUCAAGAGAAGGCAACGUACAUUUUGAUGGUUAUGGCACACAAAUCAUAUGGAGAUAGACAAGCCAUGAUUGAGGCUGGAAUUGUUUCAUCGCUGCUUGAGUUGACGCUUUUGGGUAGUACAUUAGCACAAAAAAGGGCUUCAAGGAUUUUGGAGUGUUUGACAGUAGAUAAGGGAAAGCAAGUGUCGGAAAACUUUGGAAGUGGCAUAGGUCCUUCUGUGUCCACUCCUAUGUGUGGAUCUUCUUCGUCUUCUGCAGACCCGAAUUUCCAAUUGAAGGAGUGUUCAGAUGAGGGAGAAAUGAUGAUGGGAGAAGAGAGAAAAGCUGUGAAGCAAUUAGUCCAACAGAGCUUGCAGAACAACAUGAGGAGGAUUGUGAAAAGGGCCAAUUUGCCUCAAGAAUUUGUUCCAUCCAAUCAUUUGAAGGCGCUCACUUCUAUUUCAACUUCUAAGAGCUUACCAUUUUGAGAAAAGAUUGCUCAAAUUCAAAAACUAGGGAGAAGAUGCAGGGAGAGAUUUAGCAAACACGGUUCGGAUAAGGAAGAAUCUCUAAUAAAAAUUCAUCAGCCAUUGUCAUCCGACAAGGUGUAUGUAUAUAUUCAUUAUAUAUUAAAAGAUAUGAUAUGAUAUAAUGUUCAUGGUGAGGAGUUGUUUUGGCCUAGUGAAUUUUUAGUUCUGUGUCCUGUGGUUUAAAUUGUUCUGUAACUAAAGUUUUCUGUUUUGUGGUAAAUAUUAAUAUUCAGUGUGUUUGAUUUGA